AUGUCUCGCCCUCAGGUCAGCAUCGACCGUCUCAUGCCCCGCCGUGCGACGGUCGAGCCACGCGAAACAAUGAACUGCAAAUCCUGUCGCAAGCGCAAGAUUAAAUGUAAUCGCCUGCGACCAAGCUGUGAAGCCUGCAAGGUAUUCCAGUGCCCGUGUAUUUAUGACGCAGUUCCCAAAAAGCGCGGCCCCAAAACCGAUGUACUAGAAGCGCUGUUGAAACGCGUGGAUGGCCUGGAAAAGCGACUGCACGAUGAAAAGAAUCCCAUCUCGCCCACUUCGCCUGACCAGACCCCGGACGAUCCACCAAGCUUUCCCUCCCGUCGGAAUACCAUGGAUACCUCGUUCAAUCUUUACACUGCCAAUGAACCACAACCUGCCUUGGCAAAGUCUUUGUCGCAUGUGAAACCGUUUCCUCGGCUGGCGAGUCAGUCGGGGAAUCUUCUUCCGCAGCAGUCUCCAGCACAAGGCGGUUUGUCGGAUGCGAUCUUGGAUAUUUACUUUUCGCGAUUGCAUGGGAAGCCUUUCUAUAUACUCGAUGAGGCGACUACGCGACAGCGACAUCAGAUGAAUCAAUUGCCGGCGUUUUUGUCUAUGGCUAUUUCGGCAAUGGCAUUGAGGUAUACCACUUCACCUGGUCAGGUAGAGCAGUCGCUACGGCCGGGGCUUGAUGCGGCGCAUCAGGCAAGGCGUCUGAUUGAUAUCGAUAACCCGACGGUUGAAGGGUUGCAGACACUAUUGUUGCUAUCGCAAGCUUUUUUCGCCUUUGGAUUGGGGAAGAAGGCAUAUAUGGCGUUCUCGAACUGCGUGGCGAUGAUUGUUGCGCUGGAUAUGUACCGUGAGGCACCAGCCAAGAUGAACGUUUCACCCGCCGAACGGGAAACGCGACGUCGCCUGUUCUGGUCCGUCUAUCUAAUGGAUCGCUUUAUCAACUGCGGAUCCAGGAGACCUUGUCUCAUCUCAGAUCAUUCAAUUGUUCUGCGCCUCCCCUCUUGGUCGCCCCAUGCAGCCGGUCUCAACUUGGAAGGAGAGCUGUUCCACGUCGGACCUAACAUCCAAUAUUCGGCAGACUCUCGCCGCAAAUCACCCAGCGCGGCUUCUUUGUUGAUUGACAUCACACGGAUUCUCGGGGUCACCAACAAGUAUUUGGCAGCGGGCGGAGUCAAGGGCGACUCUCAUUUUCCGUGGCAUGCGCUGUCUACUCUCUCCAAGAUUCGACAAGAAUUGGAUAUCUGGGCCGCCGGUACGCAGGACGUAUUCGCAUCUAUUGAUGCAUUGUUUGGUCACCCCGAGAGCACAACACUAUUACUGAGCAAGUUGAUUUAUCAUCUUGUGCAUUGUUUAAUUUACCGCCCAUUUCUACCAAUCGACUUGUUUGAGCUGCGCGGUACCGGGCAACACCAGUCUUGGCAAAUCGAGGCUACUAAUUUGUGCUUCUCACACUCAAAUGCCAUUGCCGAGCUGGUUGAACUGGGCCGCAACUCUCCUCUCGUUGAAUGGCCUGCCUUUGUCGGUUACUGUGUUUGCACAGCUGGAACUGUUCACGUCCAUGGUGUGCAUUACAAGGGCCGCGAGGGUGAGGUAUUCUCUUCGAGUGCUGAGUUCUUGACUCGAGAGAUGCAUCAGCUCUCCUGGUUGCGUAAUAUUUGGACAGGUGUCCAACACCAGCGGGAGCUGCUUCAGACGAUCUAUACAUGUCACUCGGAAUUGGUGCGCAACCUUGCGAGCAGUCCAAUGCGUUUCUCGCCUGUCUUCCAUCUUGAAGACUUCCUCGAUCGAUACCCCGGUCUGUCAUUGGAUGGAUCUCAUGUCCGUUUAAUAGAUACCGGAGAUGAACUGUCAUCAAGCACACCAAACUUCACUGAUCGACAAGAUCACUACUAUCAACGAUCAAGUGCAGCACCAUCCUACCAAACCCCAUCAUCCUUCUACUCAAACGCCAGAGACGCACCCUCAACCCCCUUGACAAUCCAAACCCCAGAAACAGACCGCCGAACGUCCCAUUCUCACUCUCACGCCCAAUCAAUCUCCUUCACUCAAAAAGGCCAACACCCCCCUUCUCUCUCCCCAACCAUCCAAUUCCACGCCCCAAACCACAACCAACCAUCACCCUCUCUCCCCUCAAUCUUCUCCCUCCCCGCAGCAGACCUUUCAAAUCCAAACUCAAACCAUGCCCAAGACCAAAGCAACCAACUCUCCCUUCCACCAGGCUUCUCCCCCACAGCCUUUGGCCUCUCCCCGCCCGCCUUCCUCUCCGACCCGACCCUAAACAUAGCCCCAACACCCCCCUCAAACCCACAAUACGCAACCUUCCCCUUCGACGCCGCUCACACAGGUAUCAACGGCGGGGCAGGCGGCACAGUCCUCACACCAGGCGCGCAGUCUCAUACCAGCGGGACGCAUACAACGACCGGAAGUGAAGGCGGUUCCCAAGAGAAAGAUCCAUUCCUCAGCUUGCUGGAGCAGCUGGCCGAGAAUGAAACCUCUCAGGGUGGGCCUAGCGAGCUUGAUUUCUUUUUGAGCGGAACUGGGGCUGUUGAGGGUGAGGAGGGCAUUGUUAAUGAUAAGAAUGGGGUUUAG